UUCGCUAUAAAAUUGGCAAAGAGAAUUAAAAAAAGAGACAUUCAUUCAAAAAUGGAGGACAGAAAAUCAUCAAGAUCCGAAUCGAAAUCGCGUACAUCAUCGAGCAAAUCAUCCAAAUUAUAUUCUAGCAAGUAUGGCGAACGUAGCAAUAGCCGUGAAAGUUCCAUGGCCAUGCAAAAAUAUAACCCCAAUAUGCGUUUCAUACGAAAAAGUGUGGAAACGCCCGCACGCAAUGUUACCACAAACUAUUUGGAAUUGGAAACAGAAUUUCCUCGAGAUUACGAUGACAACAUUGAAAUGUUAUCGCGUGAAGCUGAACAUCUGGAGGAACAGUUUCGUACACCCACACGUACCAGCAAUACAGAUUUAACGGGUGUUGAAAUUAUAAGGCCAGUGACACCAACACCGACGCGUAUUGUCAGACCAGAGGGUGUUGAAUUGAAACUACGAGAAUCUCCCAGUACACCGGAAAAAGAAUCGAAAUCAACGCGCGGUGUAAAACACUCGAAACGUGUAGGGUUUAAGGUUGAAGAGAAGCUGGAGGAACAAGUUGCUGAAUGUAGUGUAGUGGCAAAAGGUACCUCGAAAUUGUCGCGUGUUGAAGAUGGUGGCGCGAAAGAUGUGGGCCCGGAGGAGCGAGAAAAACAAAAAUCGAAGGAAAAAUCCCAAGAUGAGCAACAACAAACCAAGGAAAAGGAAGGAGGAGUAGAAGAAGAAGAAAAGGGACAAGAGCUGAAAUCGGAAACAUCCACUACCACAACAGAUGGGCCCUCGGAGACCACAGUCGCUGAUGCUGAAAGUCCCCAAACAGAUUCACAGAAAAAUAAUCUGCAAAUACCAAAAAUAGCCACAACAACAACAUCGUCAAGUGCUCCCGCUACUCCUGUGCCGGUCUCAACAUCAACCACAUCCACAAUUUCAACAAAGGAUGAUGACGAUGAGCCGGUGGCCAUGUCACCUUGUGGUCGUUUCUUUAAAUACGACAAAGAAGUGGGUCGAGGAAGUUUCAAGACAGUCUACCGUGGCCUGGACACUGAGACUGGUGUGGCUGUGGCCUGGUGUGAAUUGCUCGACAAACAGGUGAAGAAAAGCGAAAGGAAACGUUUUCGCGAAGAGGCCGAUAUGUUGAAGAAGCUACAACACCCCAAUAUCGUACGUUUCUAUACCUAUUGGGAGUUUAGCGUUGCCCGCAAGAAAAAUAUCGUUUUGGUCACAGAGCUAAUGCUUUCUGGCACCCUGAAGUCCUAUUUGAAACGUUUCAAGAAAAUCAAUCCCAAAGUCUUGAAGUCAUGGUGUCGUCAAAUACUCAAGGGUCUGCAUUUUCUGCAUACCCGACCCCUGCCCAUUAUACAUCGUGACUUGAAGUGUGACAACAUUUUCAUAACCGGCACCACGGGUAGUGUAAAAAUCGGUGAUCUGGGUCUGGCCACUUUGAAGAAUCGUUCACAUGCCAAAUCGGUAAUUGGCACGCCGGAAUUUAUGGCACCCGAAAUGUAUGAGGAACAUUAUGACGAAUCAGUGGAUGUGUAUGCCUUUGGCAUGUGCAUGUUGGAAAUGGCUGUCUCCGAAUAUCCCUAUAGUGAGUGUAAGGGUCCGGCCCAGAUUUAUAAGAAGGUUAUAUCCGGUAUCAAACCGGCGGCCUUAACCAAGGUGGAAGAUCCCAAGGUAAGGGAGAUUAUUGAGAAGUGCAUAGAACUCAAAAAGGAGGAUCGUCCGAAAUGCAAGGAUCUGCUAAAUUCUGAGUUUUUUGAAGAGGACAUUGGCAUUCGAGUGGAACCUACCUCCACUGAGGCCUUUUUGGAAAAUCCCAACAAUAAUGUCAUCGAAUUUCGUCUACGUUUCCUAGAUCCGAAAAAACGCUCCUCGAAACACAAAGAAAACGAGGCCAUACAAUUCGAAUACGAUGUGGUCAACGACGAUUGUGAACGUGUCUGUGAUGAUAUGAUGCAGGAGAACCUGAUUACCGAAGAAGAUGCCCGAGCCAUUGUGCGUUUGUUGAAGGUGCAAGUAUUUUCGCUGCUCAAAGAACGGGUCCAACGUCAAACUCAGUUCCAGUUGCAAAAUGAAAAAUCCCGUUUGGAGAAAAUUGCUCUGCAGAAACAACGUGAAAUGUUGCCGGAAAAUGUGGAAGAAGAAGAGGAAGAAGAUGAAGUGGACUCGGAGGAAGAUGAGGAUGGCACCAAGGCUAGUCAAAAGCAAUCGAAUCAUAUGCAUACGGGAACGGGAACGUCACAGCUUGUUGGGGAUCAACAGCAAUCUCAGUUGCCACUGAAUGAUCCAAACCGACCUCAAACAUAUUUACAAUUCCAAUCGACACCCAUAUCUUCGUCUGGGUCACAGGAGGAUCAGAUAACAUCACCCACCACAAAUACGGCACCCACAACACAGCCGCAAUUUUAUAAUUCUAGUCAAAUUUCAUUGGCCAAUUCUUUAAAUGCCAUAUUACAACCGGCCAGUCAGCCGGGUCAGAGCUAUUCCCAACCACAGGUACAACAACAACAAAUGACCUUUACAGCUGCUGGACAAAGCAAUGCGGCUGAAAUGGUGGUUCAACAAAACCAGCAACCAUCACAAAUGGAUUUUGUGACACAACAACAACAACCACAGGUGACUCAACAGCAGCCAUCACAAGCUCAAGUGGAAUAUUUAAGCCAACAAAGUGCACAGUUGGUGCAACAACAACCUCAAGGACAAAUUGAAUACGUCACUCAACAGCAACCCCAACAGGGGCAGUUGGAAGUUAUAACCCAACCACAACAGCAACAACAAAUUGAAUAUAUGACACAGCAACAGCAACAACAACAACCCACAAUUGAAUAUGUCCCCCAACCAACGCCUCCAAUGCAAAUGCAGCAAACCCAACCGGAGUUUAUACCCCAACAACAGCAACAAACUCCUCCCAUACAAACACAACAAACCCAACCCGAGUUUGUAUCUCAACAGCAACAAACUCCACCCAUACAAACACAUCAAACCCAACCGGAGUUUGUGUCACAACAUCAAACUCCCCCGAUACAGGCACAUCAAACCCAACCUGAUUUUCUCCACCCACAACAACCACAAGCUAUACAACAACAAAAUCAAAUUAACCGGGAAUAUGUUGCCCCGCAACAGCCACAGCAAACUCAAGUGGAAUUUAUUCCACAGGUUGAGUUUAUAGCCCAACAACAACAGCAGCCACAGCAUACAACACCACCAGCUCAGACCCAACAAGUUGCACAGCCUGAGUUCGUUUCGAACCAACAGACAAUACAACAUGUUGGUCAAACUGAGUUCAUUAGCAAUCAAACUGUCUCGCAACAAAAUCAAAUGGUUAGCCAGCCACAACCGCAACAAAAUACUUACAUCGCUCAAACCCAACUUGAAUUCAUACCACAACAACAACAACAACAGCAGCAACAACAACAACAGCCCCAAAUACAACAUGAUUUUGUUACUAUCCAAACUCCACCGGCCCAGCAGACGCCACAGCAACAAAUCCAGCCUGAUUUUCAAACACCUAGCCAGCAGGCAAGCCAACUUGGUCAAGUGGAAUAUAUGAGCCAACAAAGCCAGGUUCCACAGCAGCAACAGCAACAACAACAAUCCCAAAUGCCUCAAGUGGAGUAUGUAAGCCAACAACAGCAACAACAACUCCCUCCACAAAUGGAAUAUAUAACGCAGCAAAGUCCAGCUCCGCAGCCACAGCAACAACAAACACCACAGGUUACCCAGCUGGAAUAUAUAACCCAGCAAAGUCCUGCCCCUCAACAACAACAACCUGCUACCCAAAUGGAAUAUAUAAGCCAACAAAGUCCUGCAACACAGCAGCAAUCACAACUUUCCCAACAGGUGGAAUACAUAACCCAGCAAACUCCGGCGUCACAGAUCUCUCAAGUGGAAUAUGUUGGCCAGCAAACUCAAGCUUCACAGCAGCAACCACAACAACAGGUUCAACAAACAUUGCCUACCCAAAUCGAUUUCAGUGGUCAACAGGCACUGCCAACAGCCCAGCAACAACAGCAAUUGGAAUAUGUCCAACAAAAUCAAACACAAUCCAUGCAAAUGGGAGGUACACCUGCUCCGACCACCUCUGCAGGACAAUUUAUUAUGAAUGGCCAAACGCAAUACAUCCCAUAUGACUCACAGCAACAACAACAACAAUCGCCAGCCCAACAACAGCAAAUAUUUCAACAACAAAAUAUUCAAUCCUCUCAAAACCUCCCAGAGACCUCUGUUGUUGACUCUCCGGUGUCGGCUGGCCAGCCACCACAGACAACAUUUACAGAGGCCAUAAACAAUGGAAUGCCAGCCCUCAAUGUAACCAACUCAACGGAUUCCAAAUUGAAUGCAAUUUCCAAUGGUGUUUUGGAAAAUCAAGAAACUCUUAACAACUCCACCACCACCGCGGGUCAGGUGACCAAUAGCCAAUACAAUGAAGUUGCCACCCAAGCACUUCCACCCAACACCAUUGCCCCCGAAUCGUCGACAAACAGUUAUCAAGAGAAUGCCAACAAUUCGGAUUCCACAUCCCGUAAGACCAGUACCGCUUCGGAAUACACCACAAUCACAUCGGAUUACUCACCGGAAAACACCAUUACCCCUAAUUCGGUGUUUCCACCACGCUCACAGUAUGUCGAUUUCCUGCAAAAUGAAUAUCCCAAUGUGAAUAUCAUCAAGGACUCGUUGCAGGACAUUAAAAAGGAGGAUUUGGGCAAUAUCAGCAGUGAUGAGUGUACCACAGAAAAUUCCUCACCGCCCUAUGAUUUCAGAGGUUCCAUACCGAACAAUUCAAAUACCCCGGAAAAUAGUAUGGCAGGGCGUAAAAUUUCCCGGUUCUUUGUAAAUCCGGUGGUCUUGCCGAACACCAAUGCUGCAGAGGAUAGUAAUUCGUUGGGGGAGUCGAAGAGUACAACACAAAUUGAACAGCAGCAGCACAGUGGUUCCAAGGCUGGUACAGGUUGCACAACGGCUUCUGUGCCUCUCUAUGUCACUCCAUCGGGAGAGGAGGCAAGUAAUGCUGUCAUGGCUGCCACCAAUGGUAAUACGAAUCAUUCGUUGGAACAAUUGAAAAUUGAGUUGGAAAAUAUAACCCAUGCCCAGGCCUUUGCCUCGGCCAUUGUGGCUUCAAUCAACAAUGAACAUCAGCAGCAACAACAACCACCACAGCAGCAGCAAUUGACACCACUGCUACAACAACAACAGCUACAUGUGCAGGGAGAUGAUGAUACGCCCACGGGCCCGCUCAGCUCCACACGUAGCUCUUCCACUUUCAAUUCCAGGCGUACCUCUUUGGACAACAGUGGCUGCAAUGACAUGCAGAAUACAAUGCCCAUAUUACAGCAGCAACAACAACCAUCUCAGCUCUUGCCCCAACAACAGCAACAACAAUUUUCAGAAUUCCCCUUGCAAACUGCCGGUGUUGAGCCCAUUGUCAAUAUUUUCGAACACAUGGAGCUGCAUCAAAAACUCUCCAAACAAAAUAGUUUGGAGACACCCCAACUACCACCCCUCUCCGGUGGCAGUGUUGACUCCACCAUUACCACCAACACCAAUACCCAACGGGUGUGUGGUCUAAGCCAAACUAGUAUUGCAGAUUUAGAGAAAAAAUUGGCUGCCCUAAGGAAUGUUGAGAUGACCGAUGAGGUCUUUCACGAACAGCAGAGAACUGAACAGGAGCUGAAUGCCCGCAAGGUAUCGCGUUUUUGUGUAAGCCGGGUACAAGAGCAGCAAGCUGCCGAACAGCAGCAAUUACAACAACAACAACAGCUAUUACAAGAACAACAGGAUACCACACCCACACAGGAACAACCAUUUGUGGUGCCGGUCACAGUGGCCAUUCUAAGGCCCACAAUUGAUUUACAGGCCGCCAAUAGUACAGCCAAUAAUAGCUAUAAUACACCCACGGAACUGUUAUCGCCCUCAUCGCUAAACUAUCAGCCUUUGGGCUCGACAGUGGGAAUACAAAAACCAGCCACGGCAGGGGCUGCCGCCGCUGUUGUUGUGCCUUCGCAUGCCCCCACUGCGGCUCCAGUCUAUAACAUGGAACCGGCGGCCCAGUUGCAGCAACAACUGCAACAGCAGAUACAACAACAAAUACAACGAUCCAAUGCCAUACAAGCUGAUUUGCAGCUACAACAACAACAAUUGCAACAACAACAACAGCAGCAGCAGCAACAAUUGUUCAAUCAAACAAUGGCCAAUGUUGUCAGUCAACAAACGACGGCGGCAGGUCAAACAAAUCAACAGUCCCAACAACAGCAGCAGCAAUCCCAACUCCAACAACAGCCGCAGCAGCAACAACAACAACAACAACAGUUAGCCCCAACCACACAAAUACCUUUGCCAUUUGUUACACCCAUUCAGCAACAACCAACAGCUCUUCAUCCCUAUCCCUAUAUACCACAAGAUCUGGUCGAAUCGGCCGGGCGCCUAGCCCUAGCCCAGGAAGAACCCAUGUCACUGGCCGCCACUCAUCCCAAUCUCUUGCCCACGGUUAUACAAUCGGAUAUCAAACACAACCUCGAUUCACUGGUCAGUCAAUUGUGCAGCACCCGUUUGGGAGCGACACAACAUCAACGCCUACUCUUGCUACGUCAACGGCAACUUAUCGAAGAGGAUGAACUGCGUCUGAAACACUAUGUGGAAUAUGAAAAAUUUCAAAAGGCCAUGCGUCAGACGCCCUCCAUCGAUAUGGUGCACACUCAACAGCCCAUGCUCUAUAUACAGCCAACGACCAUAAAUCAGCAAGGUUAUAUAAAUCUAACCAGUGGUUUCAUGCCUUCCCCAUUUGGACCAGGUGCGGGCGGCAUCGGCGGUUCGGGCGGACAUGGAUAUCCGCAUCAUUUUCAGCAACAACAUUCAAUGUUUAAUACCAAUGUUCAGACGACAGCUGCAAUGUCGGGUUAUGCCGUAAUGUUAAAUCCACAAUUGGCCAUGCAACAGCAGCAGCAACAACAACAGCAGCAGCAGCAGCAACCACAAAGCUUGCCCUCACAAUAUACCAUUGUAACAAAUAUGGCUGCUGCGGGGGUGCAACAGCAGCAGCCGCAACUAGCCCUGCAACAUCAGCCCCAGCCACAAAUGGGUAAACAGCAGCAGCAACAAACCACACUUGGCCCAGCCGCUGGCGUCCAAUCCCAAUUUCCCCAAUCUCUGGCAUUUGGACAAGACUAGGAACGGCUUAAACAAGAUGUUAAUGUGGAUGUAUGUGGCUUACCAUUCUUUUGCUGGAAAGGCAAUUGGAAUCGAAAUCAAAUGUAAAUCUCUUUGAAGAAAUCACCCACGUGGAAUGAAAGCAGAUGAGACAUUGCUUAAGUCCCUGAUAAAAUCAGAUACCCAUGGCGAUAACAGAAAAAAAAACUGAAUGAAUAUGAAACGUUUAAAACAUCCCAUUAACCUCUUGUUUUGUUGGAUUUGAAUACCCAAAGAAAUUACACACACCUACAAACUUACAUACAUAUAUAUGUAGUAUAAAUCGUAUUUGAACGUAAAUCCCUUAAACUUCCACACGAACUACCUGCGAUCACAUAGAAAAAAGGUAAUCUAUAUUCAAAUAUAAUACGAUUCUCAUUUCAAAAAAAAAAAAAAAAAACGUCAUAAACAUUAUAGGAUAGCAAAAUCACCAUUAUCGUUUCAGGCUUAGAUGAAAGCGGGGAGAUAUUGACUGAAAAUAAGGUUGAAAUGUUGUUGAAAUGGAAAUAUUUUCCAGGCAAGAAUUUUUCAGCAAUUUUUUUCGUGGAGAGUGAGAUAAGCAGAUAGAAGUUGAUUUUUCAAAACCAGAGCACAGAUUUGCUCGUUUUUGCUUGGGAGUGAAACUUGCUCGUGAACGGGAGUGCUUGAAGAGUACGAGUUUCAUAAAAAGUUUAUACAUAGAUACACAACAACGUUAUAAUAAAAAUUAAAAGAGUGCUCGGCAAGAGUAGAAUCUGCUCAAAUUUUGAAAGAAUUUCGCUCCCACUCAAAAACGAGGAAAUAUGCUCACUCAUAUUCGAGCAUUGAAAAAUGGAGUUUGCUCAAUUUUUUUCUCUCUUUGAACAAAUUCUAGCGAGUUUUUCGGCGUCUGGUUUAAAUGAUAUAUACCCUCUAUAGCCAUUAGGCUGAGGGUAAAAAUACAUAAUAAUUUAUGUCAAACCAUUAUUGCAGUGUACUCUUCCUUCUUUUGGUUUUAACAAAAGUAUAAGAGCAAGAGCGUCUAAAAAAGAUUAUAUCAUAAGAAUAUAUACGAUUGGGUACGACAUUGACGAAAUCUAUAUGCGUCCUAGUUCAAAGGUGAGCUGAGCCUAUAAGUCAAACAAAUUCUAAAAUUACUGAGAAUUUCGAAAAAUUUCGUAUAAGACUCACGAGCUUUACCCGCAUAAAAUGCCAAAAAUUUCGAAAUUAUUUUGGAUUUUCCCAGAAAUUUUACAAUUACCGAAAAAUUACACUUUGCAACACAAAACAUAAUUUCGGGGAAAAUCCAGCAGAUUAUGAAAGUAGAGCUAACAAAAGAAGACACGUGUUGGAUGUUUUGAAAGUUUACAUCGAAAUGUAACCCAAAUUGAGGAGACAAUUUUCCCCCUUUUCAACUCUUUUGGACAUUUUCGGGUUAAGAUUCCCCGGAAUUCGUACAUUUUAGGUAUAUACUGUCUUCGGCAAUAUUGCAAAUAAAAAUACGACAAAGAUUUCGACAGAAAAAGUCAAACCCUAAAGGAGUUAAUAAAGGGAUCUUUUGCGUUCUUUUUUUUAAAUACCUUUUAAAACCUUCUUUUAAAUGUCAAAAUAUUCUUCCAAAUCAUUUGUAUAAAAAAACAACUAUAGGUCCUGGAAGACGUCAAGAGUCUAAAUCUUAUCAUCAGGAAUUCAUAUAUAGGGUGAGAUAAAAACUGCAACAAAGUCAAACGCCAUAAUUUUCACAUUUUUUUGAAAUUUUAUUGAAAAAAGCAAAAAAUGUCGGAAAUAGCAUCAAGAUUUAGAAUAAGUUUAGAUUUGUCACCUUUGGCACGAAUUAUGGCCUUCAUACGGCCAAUGGAACCGUCACACGCUGACCGAAUGUUGCUCUGCGGUAUUUUGGCUCAUUCCCGGCGAAGCGCUUGCUUGAUGUUAUCGAAACUUUCGUAUUUUUUAGUGCCAACCUUGCUUUCCAAAAUACUCCAGACACAAUAGUCCAACAGAUUGGUAUCCGGAGAUUUUGGUGGCCAUUGUGCGCUGGAAAUGAGGUGAGGAACCUCAUUUUGUAACCAUUCGAUAAUAUUCGGCCUUUAUUCUGAUGCCACGGUCGAUUAAUACGAGCGGAGAGUGACCAUCGGCUGUUAUGGCGGCCCACUCUAUCACCAUGGUUGGCGCUUAAGUUCUCGUGGCCAACCGAAGGUGCACAUUUUCAGCUGACCUCUUUGGCAAGUAAACGCGAUCAAUUUGUCUGUUUACAAACUGCUGGACAACGAAUGUUUUCUCAUCGGAGAAAACCAAAUUCGGCAGUUCACCACUUUCGGCCAAGCGAAGAAGCUCUUUUGAGUCUAUUUUCUUUCUGUUGCGGUGUAAGUUCUUGCACUUUUUGGAAUUUCAAUGGCUCCACCCCGAGCUCAUUUUUCAAUAUUUGCCGAAUAGAAUAUUGCGUUCAGCUCCUGAGCCAUUUUUUGGCCACUGCGACGCGGGUUUCGAUCAAGUCGCUUCUUUACUUUUCGAACUAUUUCUGCUGAUGUUGCUGUUUUCUUUAGUCCGCUUUCUUGACGUUGGCUACACUACCAAGCUACUAGUAUCACCGUAACGAGCGAUGGUACGAGACUCAAAAGAUUUAUUCACAUUUAAAUGCUGGAGUGCUCAAAUGAUAGCCACUUGCGGUUUUCAGCUCUAUUUGUUUACAUUUUGAUGUCAAUUUUAAAACGCCUAAACACGUGUCUUAUUUUGUAGCUCAAAAAAUAAAAGCCAUGCAAACAAUUUUUUUCAAAAUUAUUCGUUCGACAACAUCUCAUUGUCAAAAUAAAUACACAUUUUGACAAUGAAAUGUUGUCAAUCCAUUUGUAAAUACACAAAUCUGAGAAACAGAAAAUACAGAGACAGGUAUGCUUGUUUGAAAUGACUUUAACUUCUUAAUUUUAGAGUUUUUCAUAAAACUUCAUAGGUUUUCUCCGAGUUUUGACCGAUAUUCGUAUAAAAUUCCAGUGUUGUUUUUUGGAAUUUCCUUUGACAUUACUUUCCGAUAUUAGAGGAGACUGCCAUACAGCAUUUGUAUCUGUUUUGUAUCCAAAUCCGAUAUCUUUGGGAAGAUUGUGUAGAGAUUAUGACUGAAUUCGGAAAGAUCUGGAAAAUGACAGGUUGGCCAAAUUGGAAAAUCACAACUCAGAAGAUAUUCAAAAUUGCAAAUUCCACAAAUGUUUAUUUGAUACCUUUUCGUAAUUUUUCGUAAUUUAAUAGGAAAUCCUGAAAAAUGAAUUGAGGUUCCGGAUUUUUCCAUGUUAUCAUGUUUCUAAUAUCAUAAGCAUUUAGUUUCAUCCGAAAAUCCAAAAAUUCAUUCACCUCCAAGGUUCUAAAUGUGAAUUUAAAUUAUAACAUAAUUGGAAAUUAUUGGAAAUAAUUAAAUAAAUUAUUAAUAACUAUGGUAUGAUUUAUUUUUUGCUUUAAUUAUUGAGUUUUCUCAGCGCCACAACCUUGCCCAAAAAUACGUACAAAGUAUUUGUAAAUUACAAACUGUUCAGAAAUUUUGAUAUUAGGUGUGUCUGGUUACUUUUCCAGCAGGAAUUGUCCAGCAACUUCUUUCUGAGAGAGUAAGGUAGUUUUAUUCUCUUUUGCAAGGAAAAUGCGAAAAGUAAACAGACGCUAUUCCAGCAGAAGCUUGCAACUAAUCAGCUGAUUUGUCAAAACAAACAAAUUUGUCCCCCAUAAGGAGAAUUAAAACAAAGGAACCAAUACUAAUUUUACAAGUUUUUUAAAUAAAAAUGAUGUAAAUAGUCUUUUAUUUUCUUAUUACAUAUUAACAUUUCCAAAAACAAUUAGUCUUGCUAAUUCCAAAACAAUAUUUUCAAAUUAAAAUCACAAAAAGAAAUAAAUAAACAAUAGAAAACAUCUGAUUGAAUGUCGAUGAAUGAGAAGAAGAAGAGUUGCAAGAGAUUGCAAGAAGAAAUUCGUCCAGCAAGAAUUUGCAAACUCUCACUGAAAGAA